AUCAUCGUCAUGGCAAGAAGGCGAAGGCGGGUGGCAAAGACCAAGCGACAGACCAACUCUACUCACACAGAAUCCAACGGGGAAGGCAUUGGCAUGGGGUCAAAGGUCACAAUGAUACCCACCAAGGGGUCGGAGGAGCACCUAAGGGGGUUUCAUCUCUCCUUUUCACCCUGCGGACUCAUCUCCUCUUUAAAGACUCUAAUAUGGUCUGCCCCCUUGCAACAGUCGGAUAUUCCGUGCAAGCGGAAGCGGGAAUUGGCAGACGACAACUCCCCGUUCAUCACGUCAACGCCGGUCCCCAAACCGAAGAGAACAAAAACGGAGCCAGCAGUUGAUGAGUGCAACAACAAUACAAUUCCGAAGAAUGCAAUGGCAGCAAAGUCGGCUCAGGAUUUUGACAGCCCUCCCCGGACGUCCCUGCUGGGCACGCUGUUCAGCCCAGUUUACCAGUUUCUUCGUAACGGCAUGACAGCUGAAAACAAGGAGAACCUGCCCAAAGUGGCCGAGCGGCCUGGCCUGGACUCUGUCUCAGCGGACUCUGUGUGCCAGGAGGCAGCUGUUCCUAGAAUGCCUCCGUCUGACGCAGUGACAACUGGUGCCGAGUUACCGGCUGGUGUAGCGUCGAUAGCUGAAGGGACCAUGCCAGUGGCAAAUGACACUGACGAUGACGAGGAGGAAGAGGAGGAAGAAGAGGAAGAAGACGACGAACAGCUGGAGGAGAAGACCAUGACAGAUUCGAACCAUAAUGAGAUGAUGCCCUGCUCGCUAUCUGCCUGCAACACAUACGUGGACGAUGACGGCCUUGAUGCCGAUUACGCACUGGAUGAGUGGGAAACCUUUGAUCCAUAUUACUUCAUCAAGCAGCUGCCCCCGGUUUCCAAGGAGACCCUCUACCGCACCCCAGCACUCCCUCUGAAGACGAGGCGGGCUCCCGAGUAUUCCUUGGUCCUGGAUCUUGAUGAGACACUGGUACACUGCAGCUUGGCCGAAAUGGAGAACUGCACAAUGUCCUUUCCUGUUGUCUUUCAAGACGUUACGUACCAGGUGUACGUGAGGACGAGACCGUACUUUCAUGAGUUCCUGGAGAGGAUGUCCAAGCUGUACGAGAUCAUCCUCUUUACGGCCUCCAAGAAGGUUUACGCCGAUAAGCUGCUGAACUUGCUGGAUCCCGAUAAGAAACUGGUCAGGCAUCGGUUGUUUCGGGAGCACUGCAUUUGUGUGCAAGGCAACUACAUCAAGGAUCUCAACAUCCUUGGGAGAGAUCUGACCAAAACGGUCAUCAUCGACAACUCGCCUCAGGCAUUUGGCUAUCAGCUGGAGAACGGGAUCCCCAUCGAGAGCUGGUUUGCAGACGACAACGACAUGGAGUUGCUCAAGCUUGUUCCAUUUCUGGAGAGUCUGGUGCAAAUGAACGAGGACGUACGACCGCAUGUCCGAGCAAAGUUCCGACUGCAUGAAUUACUACCGCCUGACUGAUACUCCGCUACUCUACAACAGGCCCAACUUGUACAGAUAUAAGUGUUCUAGAUGACAAAUUUUAACGAAAAAAAAGAGAUAACGUGUCAGAGUUGAUUAGUGAGGAGAAUUUUUACUUUUUUAAUUGAAAGCCAGAGAGUAGAGAUAAUUAAGUGUUGUAAAGAUUUCAGAGAGAGAAAAAAAAGAUGAUACAUUGUUAUUCUUGUAUGGAGGAGCCCAUUUAGGGUGGAUUUUCUGGAGUUCUUACAAAUUAAAUUUCAUAUAGAUUUUAGGAAAAUUAUGAACUGCUUUUUAACACUGUGUAAAGCUUGUGUUCUUGUAAAUAUGACUUGGAAUUCUUAUUGCGACUAUCGUCAGAGAAACUUACAAAAUAAAACAAUUUUUUUUUUAAGCAUAACCAAACCAUUAAAAUCUGAUUAUUGCUGGAACUGAAAUUUCCACAGAAUGGCCUGGGCUUCAUGUCUAGUGCAUCAGCAGAACUGCUCAAAAAUUUGUGGGCAAAUAACCGAGUUUGCCGCUGCAUGAAGAUUGGAUUCAGAGUCACACAGUUAGAUGGAAACUUGGAGGGUUAUCGGGUGUGUUGGGAAUAAUGAGGGUCUGCUUUUUAAAAAAAAUUAUAAGUCUUAGUGGAAUUUUUCUUCCGUUGGAUUAUAUUUUGAUGGAUUACGAAUUUUUAGCUAGUGACAACAUUCCUCCUGACAUUAGUCCUUGUAGUGCUUUCCGUUCUGAAGGUCAGCUUAUGCUUCUGUUUUUGUUUAGUUGCGGGACUAACUUUUCAAGUAAAAUUCAUGCAGCUGUUGGAUGUAGAUGGAUGAGAAAGCAAUAAUGUGGUGAAAGGGUCGAGGAUGUGAAACGUCUCCGAAACAUGAGUCGUUUGCAUUCACAGAUGGUGGACAUUUUGGGGGAGAUUUCUUUGUCUCCGAUAUUGUGGACAUUUUAAAAGUAAUUGUUGGUAGUUAAAAGCAUAAAAAGUGUUCAGGUUUUCCCCAGAAUAUCACAGAUUCUAUUGGAAUUAUCAGAACCUCUUUCCUUCCUUACUGUUCUUGCAACAUAGGCCAAAGGUAAACCUAUUUUGUUGUUGUUGUAAAGGAAUGGUAGUUUGUAGUGCAUUGGAAAAUUGAGAUCAAAUUGGUGUUCGAUGUUGUCGAUGUA